AAGAUGGUCCUCGCUCUUGCGAUCGAUUGGCUGGUGGCUUUCAUGAAUCUGGUCGCUCUUCUAUCCGUUCCGAUGUUCGUGACGAGAUCGCAACACUGCUAUGGGGCUACAUGCGCCAUCAUGAAGAUUAUCAGUACAGUACUUACUACCUCCAAUUUCACGAACUGGGCGGCUACUGCAACAGUUUGGGGAAUUCGAAUCUCAAAGUCUACGGCCAACGUCGAAACACUUCUGCCUCCAAUGGACGAGGAGAUACCUUAA